AUGAGUUACAUCCACCCCUCAUGGAACUAUCAGGGUCACCAGGGGAUUCCAAUGGACCAGCACAUGGCAUACGACCCAUCGAUGGUCCCCCCUCCCAUGAUGCACCCCAUUGAUGGCUACAUGUAUCCUCACCCUCAUCCACCCAUGGAAAUGAUCGACUACUACCACCAACCGAUUAUGGACUACGACGAGUACACCGAAAACCUGUCACGACCACGGUUGACCAAGGAACAAGUCGAAACCCUCGAGGCCCAGUUCCAGGCCCACCCCAAGCCCAGCAGCAAUGUCAAGCGUCAAUUGGCGGCACAGACGAACUUGAGUCUGCCUCGCGUUGCUAAUUGGUUCCAGAACCGUCGUGCCAAGGCCAAGCAACAGAAACGCCAGGAGGAAUUCGAAAAGAUGACAAAGGCAAAGGCCGAGGCUGAGGAGGCUGCCCGGCGAAAGUCUGAGACCUUGGACCAAAUGUCCGAGUCUCGCAAGGGUUCCGUUAGCAGAGAAGAAUCGGAGAAAUCCGCAACUCCCAAGCAAACCCCUACUUCCGCUACUAGCGGGCAUGCCAAGUCGGAUUCCACAUCUAGCCGUUCCAAGCACCACAAAACCAAGAGUGAAUCUGCUCGGGAGGCGACUUUCGCAUCCUUGCAGAGAGCACUCAACGCUGCUUGCGCCGCCAGAGAUCGGUUCGGUCGCCGAAUCAACCCUCGAAGCAAGAACGACACUGUCCCCGAAGAAGAUGAGGCUGUUUCGCCUGGCUCCAUGCCUCCGCCCAAGACUGCCAACUCGAACCCUGACAACGCAAACCUCUCUAACAUCAACUCUUCUUACCCUGGCUGGUCAGAUCUCAAGGAAGAACCUACCUCGUGGGGCACUGGAGUGCACGAUGAGCACAUCGGAUAUAGCGCCGCAGAGCACACUUCAUACUCCGCUCCCCACCAACCGAUGCCGGACAUGCCAACUACCCACUCUGGCCUGCACGUUGAUGCUUACCCCAAUGGCCUGCCUCCUCACACAGAAGAAUGGUCGGAGGAUAGAGAGGCGCUUUCUUCUCAUGGACACGACCCCAACAUGGUCUACGGCAACAUGCAAUACCCCAUGCAAAUGCAGGCACCAGAUAUUUCGGUCACUCGCCGGGAGUCAUCUGAUGCACUGACAACUUCUUUGAAGGGUAUUGGUAUUUGCACACCUGACCAGUCUGGGCUCUCUCAAUCCGUCAAUCGGGUCGAAGGGGCUUCUUGGAAGGAGCCUGGCAAGGAGCUUGAUCUCGCUGCGCGACGCAAGCGUCCCCGUCCCGCUGCCAUCGGCACUUCUGGAACUGGCAACCGUCCUUUGGCCAACUCGACUUCGAUGUCCUCGCUGUCCCCCACAGCUCGUAUGCCUAGCUCUGGAGCCGGCAACUCGAUGAGACAGUCCAAGUCGACCCAGAGCCUCAACUCCCGUUAUGCUGGAGUGCGCAAGGCCUCCGCUGCUCAGCGGUCUCCUCUCAACUUCACUUUUGCCGAGUCUGGGUCAAUCAAGAAGGCCGAGAAGAUGCUGAGACCCUCGGUCUCGACCAAUACACUGGCUCCCCCGACUCCCUUGACCCCGCAAGAUCUUCAGCACUUCAUGCCUGGCUCCCCCACAGACAGCAACUACUGCAUGUCAGCACACUCAACAACACAGUUCUUCCCCACCUCUCAACCUAUGCAGGUCAACAUCGCAUCUCCUCCUACUACGCCUCUGGAUAUCUAUACCCCUUUCCCUUACCAGAACGUCGCCCCGCCGAUGUCGGCCCCCGCCCAGGUCUCUUCCUUCCCUGAGUACGCUACAUGUGACGCGGUUCCUAUGACUGCCCGCAGCUGGGCUGAUACGGGCUCAAUUUCCUCGCCGGAGUACCCCGCGGGCCUCCAAGUGCCCCACUCCAGCACCGUCUCGCCUAUGGGCUAUGACGCGACAGCCGACCACACCGCGCAAGGCUAUGGCAUGGAACCAGUAUCCGGGUCUCCCUCUUUGAUCUACUCCAUUGAAGAUGCCGACAUGCCGGGCUCCGCUGAACUUGCGGAGAGGAAGCGAGGCGAUUUUAUGAUGCAGGAUUUCCCAGAACACGAUGCGAGCCGCUAUGGAGGACACCAUUUGGCUUCCAUGCAGAAGCCAAAGGCCUUCACGUUUGCAAACAACACGACGCCCAGGAACUACCCCUCAUGA